CUAAACAUAGUUCAGGACCAGUAGCCUCGAGAACUACUAGAACUACAUUGCUGAUUGAGGCUUCGGAGGGAGUGGGGCGAGACUCCUUCAGCUAAGGCCAAGCUUUGUACACCGGUUGGUCCUCAGCCAUGAUGCCCAAGACACAGUUCUCUAAGUUCCCUGUGAAAACGGUCCAUGACAAAGGCAAUCUGGAGUUCCCAAACAGCAGCGAAUCUUCCUUCAUUGAAGACAAAAAGAAGCAUCCAAAGAAAACCAAAGGGCAUGUGACCAUCUCUGACCCCUCAAGUAACCCUUUCCACAUAUCAGGGGAUGUGGACUUCUUCUUGCUCAGAGAGCAGGAGUGCAAUAAAGCUAUGGAAGAGCGCCAACAGAAGAAGAUUAUGAGAGUGCACCAGAAGAUGACCUACUCAUCCAAGGUGUCUGCCAAGCAGACUAGCCUGUUCCGGGAGCUACAGCUAGAAGAGGAGAUGGAGGACGUGGACCUGAUUGCUGAGAUCCAGCAGCUCAACAACUUCCGCAACAACACUGUCUGGAAGCUGGCCAUGACCCUCGGAGCUGCAGAAAAGAAUAUAGAGACUGAAACACUGAAUGCCUACUUGAAGCGGAAGCGAACAAUGUUUCUCCUUCAGUAUGCCCUGGAAAUGAAGCGUAAUGAAAUCCAACGGCUAGAAAUGCUGGCGAUCCGGGAGGAGAACAGGCUGAAGAGGGCUGAUAAGGCCCUGGAGAAGGACGCAGCCUUGUUUGAUGAGUUCCUCAGGGAGAAUGACCGCAACUCAGUGCAGGCCAUGAGACUGGCCGAGAAAGAGUCCAAGGACAAGAUGGAGAAGAUCAUUGAGAUCCGGAACGUCACAACUCAGAUCAUGAACAUCAAAAGCGAAAUCUCUAAAUUUGAAGACACUCUGAAACAUUACAAGGUCUACAAGGACUUCCUGUACAAGCUGUCACCCCAGGAGUGGUUGGAUGGGAAGAAGCGCCCGACUCUCAAAAAGUCCAAGGAACCUAUAGAGUGCAUCAAGGAGACCAGUACAGUCACCUUACCAGGAGAAAAAGGGCUUAACACCAGAAGCAAGACAGCCUUGCCAUGGAAAGAUGUUCAGAAUGUGAAGACCUCAAAGCCUGCACGGACCCUGAAUACCUCAACCAGCACUCAGAGCCUUCCAAAGGUCGGUCAGCGUAGUCAGGCCAGCCUGUUCAGCGAGCUGGACUCCAAACUGUCAAGCACAAUGGCACCACCACAAGACGACACAGACAGCGAUGGGGAGGAGCUGGCACUGUACUUCACUGAACCCCAGCAGCUCUUGAACGUCUUCAUGAAGUUAGAGGAACAGAACCUGUCGUUGAUUCAGAACACGCAGGAGAUGGAGGAGACCUUGGAUGACCUGAAGCACACACUGAAAAACACCCAGAUCCGCAUGGACAGGGAGGUCGAACUGCUGAAGCAGUGGAUCAACACUAUAAUGGUAUCAAUCUCCAAGGAAGAGGAGACAGCAGCAGAGCUGGAGCUCAAAGCCCGUGUCUUCCACUUCGGGGAGUAUAUGGGAGACCAGCAGGACAAGGUGCUGGAGAGCCUGAACCACAAGGUGCUGGACGUGUACCGGAAUUGUGUGGGCAUGCAGCAGGAGGCCAGCCUGGGCACAGUGCAGAUGCUCGCUGUGGUGGAGCACCAGCUGAACGAGCUGCUGGAAAAUUUGGAGCGGGUGUCCCCGGCCAAGAUCGAGCAGGCUGAGAAGGCCAAAGAGAGGGAGAGGCGCGUAAGGCUUCGUGAAGAGAAGCUCAAGGUGCAGAGGCAGUUGCAGGAGGAACGUCUGCAGCGGGCUCGAGCCAGGGCCCAGGCUGAAAUAAAAAAGAAGAGAGGCAGGAGAUUGCUGUGCCGCUCCCAUCCACCAAUCAUCAGAAUAAAGGAGAAGCAAGAGAACAUGCUGAUGGAUAAGGACAAGGAAGAGCUGCUCUACUUCUUCACUUAGCAGCAGAGCCCGCAGAGGGCUCUGGAAGAGGUCAGCAGUAAGUGCAGGCAGGGACUGUGAGCCUGAGGGGUCCCUAACUCUAUACCUCAUGCUUUCCUGUAGCCUUCUUACUCACAGGAAAUAAACUAAUCUCUCUUGGGAGUCUGA